AUGGCAUCCAGGAACUGGGACUGGACAUUCUCCAUAGCUUUCUCAAAGGAAAGCGAAACUUCGCAACGAAAUGAGAUUUGGGGCUCGCAGUUGUCGAAACGACAAAAUCUUCCUUUUUCAAGGCCGUCAAGUUUGGAAAUGCAGCCUCAUCAGCCAGGCGAUAUCCAAAUUUCAUGGCAUGCUCACUUUCUAGAGGCUUGUUGA